CGCUUGGCACCUGCACUCCUCCGGGCGCUGUCAGGCUUAUAUCCUGCGUAACCACGCCGCUCACUUCCCCCACGUCCACUUGCUCGUCUGUUCGCUCGCUAGAGACGACAUGUCACAUAGCACUCUGGCCUCCGUCGCUACCAUCAACUGCUAGCUGCUGCCCCUAUACCUUCGUUAUUCCAUGAGAUUGAGAUGCGCUGGUCAACGUAUUUUAUCAGUGGCCUGCUCACCUGCACGGCACCGCUGGUGGCGGCAACCCGGCUGAUUGAAUCCAACGCGUUGAACAUUUGCCAGAACAGUCCUAAUUUCACCGCCACUUACUUCAGCGUUCGGUUCACGCCUGGGAACAAGUCCCUGGUGCUGAGUUUCGAUGGCGUCGCUGCGAUUUCCGGCAAAGUCACAGCCGAUCUGUUAGUCGAUGUUUAUGGCUACCAACUCACCGGUGAGACCCUGGAUCCCUGCAAGAUGGAUCUGCAGGGUCUCUGUCCGAUGAGCGCGGGGGCGAUCAACGUUCAAAAUACCGUGAUCCAGAUCCCGGAUGAUGUGGUGCACCGGAUUCCGGGUAUCGCAUACAGCGUGCCCGACCUCGAUGCCACCGUCCGUGUCUACAUCAACUCUACGGACACCGGAGAGAGUAUCACCUGUCUCGAAGCGACGUUGUCGAAUGGAAAGACGGUCUACCAGAAAGGGGUCGGAUGGACGACAGCGGUGAUUUCAGGCGUUGGGCUGAUCGCGUCCGCUGUGGCGGCGGGUCUGGGCAAUUCCAAUACGGCGGCCCAUGUCGCUGCUAAUGUGCUGGCGUUUUUCAGCUUCAUGCAGUCUCAGGCCAUGUUCGGGAUGAUCUCGGUGCAUAUGCCUCCGAUCGUGGAAGCUUGGACCCAGAAUUUGCAGUGGAGCAUGGGCAUCAUUCAUGUUCACUUUUUGGAUACCAUUUGCACCUGGUACCAACGAUCCACCGGGGGGAAGCCAUCGACUGUCUUAUCCGAGCUGUCUACGACGUCUGUGGAAGUGCUUAAACGGAAGCGGUCUUUGGAUGGAGUCGAUCUGUUCAAACGGGCCUAUGCGCAAUCUGAGACAGCCAACGCUAGGACCUCAGUGGUGCGGGGCAUUAGCCGCGUGGGGUUCAAGGCUCAUAUCGAGGGCACCAACAUCUUCCUGAAUGGGUUCAUCUUUUUCGUCUUCUUUGUGGCCGUGGUGAUGAUUCUCGUCGCGGCGCUCAAGGCCGGUAGUUAUUUCCUUGCGAAGAAGGGCACGGUCAAGUCGGACAAAUUCGGAGAUUUUCAUGUGUCCAAAGGGAUCCUUUACCGAUUGAUCUUUAUCGGAUUUCCCCAGAUGUGUGUGCUUUGUCUGUGGGAGUUUACCCAGCAUGAUUCGGCGGCCGAGGUCGUCUUGGCGGUGAUUAUGCUCGUUUCGAUGAUCUGUACGCUGGGAUGGGCUGCAUGUCGAGUCAUCAUUCUUGCGAGACGGUCUGUGACGUUGCACCGAAACCCGGCAUACAUUCUGUACUCGGAUGAAGCAUGCCUGAACAAACUGGGGUUCUUGUAUGUGCAUUACCGAGCCACUGCCUAUUACUUUCUGGUGUUUGCCCUGGUAUACAUCUUCAUCAAAGCGAUGUUUAUCAGUCUGAGCCAAUCGGCCCCGAUCGUACAGACGGUGGCGUUGAUUAUUAUCGAGACGUCUGCGCUGAUUGGGAUCAGCAUUGUGCGCCCGUGGAUGGACAAAAAGACCAACGGGUAUAACAUCGCCAUCGCGGCCAUCAACUUUGUGAAUGCUAUUUUCCUGCUGUUCUUUUCUCAGGUUUUCGACCAGCCUGGCAUUGUGACGGGCGUGAUGGGGGUCAUUUUCUUCGUGUAUAAUGCCGCUUUCGUGCUGAUUCUUCUGGUUCUUGUGUUGCUUACUUCGGCCUAUGCGAUCUUCUCCAAGAACCCUGAUCUGCGCUACCAGCCGAUGCGGGACGACCGGGGAUCAUUUGUCAAAUCGCAGAGCCAAUUGGUCACGGAGCUGGACGCCCUGGCCUCGACUGCCCGAGGGGAGGGCAGUAAGGAAUGGAACAAAGCGAGUCUGCUGGAUGAUAAUGGGUCCGUGGCCAGCGACGCCGUUCAUCGCAGCCAGCAGGAUCUGCCUGUUCGCGAAAUGACCGAGUCGCCCAUGAACCGGAUGAGUUUGGGGUCGAUCAGCCGGGGAAAUAGUCCGGUCCAACGAACCACCUCACCAGCAGCAGAGGGCUUGAAUCAGAGUUUACUGGGUGACAGCGAUACUGCAUCCGGUCACAGACAUUGAUACCGAUCGUAGCCAGUGAUAGGAUUUGUAUGUAAUCAUUUUUAUCUUCAUUGAUUGUUGUAUUGUAUGCUUGAUUCCAUGUCGGCUAGCUUGUCGUAUCUGAAAAGUCUUUUUCUCA